UCACCAGAAGGCCUCACGUUCCUCCACGUCCCUCAAGUCCCUCGCAAUCUCGCUCGGGUUGUUCUCAUACAUAUGCACAUAUAUCAACAGAUGGGGCAGCCUCUUGAGCACCCAGUCCACUCGUGUGCUGUUCCUCGCCUCUAUCAGCAGCCACCACACAACCAACAUCCACACCAAAGGAAUCACCGUCUCGAGGACGAGCAGCGACAGCACAAAGCGGAACCACCUGUCGGCGGCCGACGGGUUGGCGGAGAAUUGAAGGAAGAAGGCAAGGAAGGCCAGUGAAGUGAUCAGGAAGCAUAUCCACAAGAUACGGAUGACACGGUCCCGACACAUCCACGCGCGAUGGACGGAGUCCUACAGGGGAGACACGUGCACGUAUGUCCAUGUCUGUGCUCCGCGGUUGUUUCUUCUCGUCUUUUCUCACCUUGAGCUUUUCGUCUGUGUCUGCGUCAGGCGCGUAUGUUGGCACUUUGACUGCCCACCACUUGACAAACAGCUUAAGAACUUCCGCGAUCAUCGACGCCACGAGGAGGAAGCACAGGUCUGACAUAGUAACACGGAAGCCCCACAAGACACCUGCGAGACACGACAGCGAGACAUGAGCAUGCAUAUAUAUAUCCAUCAAGUCGUGCGCUACCCUCCUUACCUGCGUCUUCCGUCAAGAAGGCAAGGCUUUCCCCCAGAGUUCCCUUGUACACCUCGACAAACAGCCCGAUGUCGAGAGUUAGGAGGAACUUGAACACCAGGAGCAGAUCGUGCAGCACGUGUGGGGCCUGCAGCGAGGGGAUGAAGCACUGGCCCCAUGGGUGAUGCUUGCAGACGACACUGCAAAACAGCCAGAAAGAGUGCAGACCCAACACCCUGGGAACCACCGAGACAAAAGACAGACACGAAGAUGAGACACAUACAUUGCACAGUGUCUGCCUUCCAGCCGGACACCUACCUGAAUCGGCAAAUGAGCCGAUUGAGCUCCAUUUUCUUCAUCUCCACGAAAAACUGCUGCUUGGCGUCCUUCUUGGCCACCGUCACAUUAUCCGUCUCAAUGGUCACCCCCGUUCGCAUUGACGGCUGCUUCGCCGACGCUCGUCCAGCCAUCUGCUCGGCACCUACAAGCUGCCUGAGUGUCUUGAGCAUCUGCACCCGAGGGCGUGCCUUAAGCGAUGUGGCCAGGGAAUGGGUGAGGUAGCCGCGACGAGAGAGAAAACACCGGAGGUUGCGCUCUUCAUGCAGGUCGGCCACUGGACAGUAGGCAAGGUGUGAGAUGGACAGAGCAAUGAUGAGAGCGAAGGAAGGCAAAUCGAUUGGUCUUACCAAAUCUUUGUGCUGCGUCAAGGUCACUGAUACAGAAUCGAACCGUCUGGCAGCCGAAGGCCUCCGUCUCGACAACUCCCGCGUCUGCCUCCAUCUCCUCUUCCCCGACUCGUAAGAGCCUUGUGCGCUUCUGUUCUGCCGACUCACGAAUGUUCCGCGCAAGAGGCGGGUCAUUCCACUGGUUCAUCACACGCAUCCUCUCGGUCUUAUAGUGCACGUCCAGGAUGAUGUGUGCAGGCAGCCGGAGGAUCGGCGCCUGCAGGUCCACUGCUAUGUCGCUCUCCUCAAUCACCUCGGCCUCCACUAUAUCACUCCAGCGGAUGUAGCCCACUACCAGAAGCUGUGACUGCAUUGCUACAGCCAUUUGCUGGCGGACGGGUGACGGUUUCGGGCCAUUGUCCUCAUCGAACUCCUCAAAGCCCUCGAGCACUCUCUCUCGUCCCUCCUCGCUUUCAUCCCGGUCUGACAUCGACUGUGUCUCUUGUUCGUCUGCGGAUGCCCGCCUUGACUUGUGACUCACGCCACUUGGCUGUCGCGUAUGGAACAAGUCCGCCAGGCCACUGAUAGCGAUCAGUGGGCGUGUCCCGCUGGCGUAAGGCUUGACGUCUUCGGAUGGUGGCUUGGACGCUCUCUUUGCCUUGGGCCGCUGUUCGUGUCUGGGAGGCGGGACGGCGUUCUUGCCUGAGACGGGCACUUCGAUGACCAGGCCAAUGGACCGAAGAGACAGCAGACAUCGCUGGAAGCUGGUCAAUGCAACAGAAAACACAAUCGUCGGAUGAAGCAAGCACUCUCUGCCCGUUGCUGCUGCCUUACUCUUCUGUCCCGUCAUCUUGCAUGGUCGCUGCCACCCAACCGUCCAUGUCUAAGCUCCCAGCCUCCUUCUCACCAGCUUCAAUCUCACCAACCUCGCCCUCAUCAUCGGCACCCCCACCAGUCCUCCCUGACGCAGCCUUGAGGGCAGCAGGCAGCGUCUUUUCCUCCUCCACGAAGCGACGAAUGGCUUUAAUGGUCUCUUCCGUCAAUCCCAGCCGGGCGGUCUCGUCUGUUUCUCCUCGCACGAUGUGGUGUGCGUGGACGGCAGCCAUCUUGGACAGCCAUGGCUCGUCUCUGUUGGUCAUCCGGUUGGCUUCCCAGACUGAGUCGGAGGCCGAGAACACGGCGCUGUCCACGGACGGGAGCAGCCGCUGGAGUUGGGCUUGUUCGCGCAGGAAUAGGCGACGCUGGAACUUGACCAAUGCCUCCUGCUUGGACUUCUGAGGGGCUGCGGCGCCCAUCGCCUUCAGCGUGUCUCCAAGAAGAAAGUCAGCCCGUCUCCGGGAUGCAAUGCGGUCCUCUUUCUCAGCCGGGCCGAAGGAAGGCAUUGGUGGUGCAUGUGUCCCAAUAUCAACGCCGUCGUCGAAGAACUUGCGCGCCUCUGUAUCCGUGAUGACUGUCACGACUUCUUCUGUCUCCCUGUCUUCUUCCUUGCUCUCCUCCCGCGCUUCCUCUCCCCCUUCCUCUCCUUCAUGCCCCGAUUCUGCUUCAGACGAUUCUGCUGUGCCCAGACAAGGCUGUGUGGGGCUGGAUAGCCCAACCAUGGAGCCCCGGCGGGCCCUUGGAGGCACCGCUGUCUCCUUCCCUCCAUCCGCCUCCGGCAAUGGUCGAUGAGAAGUGAGAUCAGUAAAAACAGCUGUCUCUUGCUUUUCCGGGACAAUAGACGUCCCCUUGGACUCUCCGGUGGGUUGCUUGGCCAACACUGACGAGCGCCUUCUACUUCCAGCGACGCUGCCCCUUCGUUGCGGAGAAAGGUCAACCACCAAGCUCUCCAUCAGGUGUUCAUCUUCGUCCCUCGAAGCAGCCGACCUUUCGCUGACUUCCUCCGUCUGCUUGCUUCCCUUUGAAGCCAUUGAUGCUAGCUGCUUGAGCAUCACACUCGCCCGCCUGAAGGUAGAGCCCCGAGAGACCGACGACAGCCGCCGCUGUUGGUCGAUGACUGAGCCUCGCCGGCCACUCGGCUUCUUAAUGUCUGCAGCGCCCGGCAGCUCCCCAGGUCCUUCCUCUGCGUCUCCCAAGGCGAUCGUCACUCCCGUCUCGCGUCUGUCCAGGUCUUUUCUGCUGCUCUUCUGAGUUUCAGUCACUGAAGGAGCCGCUUGCUCGUCCGGCUCAGACUGCGGUGGGGAUGGGGGGGGGGGCGCGCCGUGCACACCAUGCCGCAAGAGGGGGAGCCGCCCGUGUGUGGGAAACUCAAUGUCCUCGCUCCUGUCUGUCCCAACAUGACCCGAGUGCGCCACGAGGCCGCGCGUUGCAGGGGCAGGGCUGCCGCGGGUUGCCGGGACAGAUUGGAACAUUUGCAAUGACUCAGUGACCCCUAGGAGACCAGCACGGUAGGAGAGGUAGCAUGCCUGGAUGUAGGUGGCUGAGCGCUCGGCGCGGCGAAGGUAGGCCAGAAGCAUGACGCGCGACCAGAGAUUUGCUAAGGACAGAACGAAGGGGGAAACGUGACAUGAUGUGCACAUUUCAGGCUUCUUCUCUUCUCACCUGUAAAGGCCUCUGUCCUAUUCAGCAACAGGAAGAGGGACGUCCCGAAUGAGAAAGCGAAUUUCCUCAGGAUGCGAAGGUCCAGCGCCAGCCUGGAUAUUUUGCUGUCACGGCUCCGCAUGACCUUGGCGCGGUACUCGCGGAGCGCCUGCUCUGUCUUCUCCACUGCGAGACACAGCUUCAGCACCUGCUGGGCCGUAAGGGUCUCACCGGUGCGCUCAUAGUGGCCUUCGACGAUCUGAAGGGACAUAAGGUGGAAAUGGCAUGGCAGAAUUUCUCUCUUUGCCCCUCCUCUCAGUACGUCAUGGAUUGAGACAGGGCUGAAUCGGUGAAGGAUGCCCGCGAAUGACUUCAGCGACCAGCUUUCCUCUUCGCCAGCGCCCUCCUUGGCUGACAGCUGCAAAUACUGCAGAGACGACCGACGGACGCAGCUACAGAGAUUGAAGAGCUUCAGAAUGGGAUAAACUGCGCGCGCUUUUCUCCAUAUAUGGACACAGCAGCUUCGGGGCUCGCUCUCCUGUUGGAAGAACAGACAGUGAUAGGGACAGUGUGGAAGCAGAGGCCAUUUGUCAUGCUCACUGCUCGAAAGAAGUACUUGUCGACCAACUCGGUGUUUCUGACCUGAAAUGCCCCGUCUCUGUUACAUCACCGAUGACGACAAACAUGAAUGCCCUUCGGUGCACAGAGGACUCCCUACUUGGUAAUAACGAGCAGCAGGCCCAUGACAAUGGUGGCAAUGAUGGCCAACAGCAUGAAGAACCCAUUGUUCAUCGGAUUCAGUAUCGUCUCGACUACCAAACUCUCCACGAAAUACGUCUCAUAGCGAUGUAUGGCCUCGCCAACCCCCAUGACCUCCCAGAAGCCCCCAGCUCCGCCCCGGCUUAUCUCAUGUUGACAUCCAUAAGUGUACCCGGCCGCACUUACGCUCAGCACUCGGCAGCCCAGUGCUGCCCACUGACCUUUGGAUGGCAGCCAUCUUCUGCAACGAGGCAGGUUGAGCGAAGUCGAAGAAGGGGCCAUGAAGGUCGAGUUCAGGAUCGAUGGCAUGGCGAUCAGUGUGGGGAGGAUGUGGGCGCGGAAGGGAAGGUCAACAAAGAUUGCCAUGUAUGUAAUGGGAGCCUGGAGCGUCGUGCUGGAUGACGCGAAGACAGAGAAAGGAGACAUUCAUUAUGUCUCGUAGCGAUGACGCGCAUGUCUCCUCCAGCUUACGGAGUGUAAUCAUCCAGAAAUAUCGCGAGAUCCAUCUCAACAAUCGGAGUCAGCGCCUCUCCCUCCCCGAUAGCAAACAUACUGUUGUUCGUAACGCUUCCUUCUUUCGCUGCCCCAUGAUAGUCUACACCUUCUCGAUCCACAAGCUGCCCAUAGGGAUUCUCCAUACCCCAAAGAGUCGUCACCCCACCGAAAUCCAUCACAGCCUCUGGCCGCAGCGUCAGUUCAUCUGUCACCUUAGCCUUCUGCACUGAUGAGUAGACGGGGGGCGGGGACACACGUGUUGUCUCGUUGGUGAAGAGCGAGCCGAGCGGCACACUGAUGUGGAAUCCGUCGGCCCAAUAAGUAAUAGGUGACGGCGACUGAAUAGAGAAGGGGAAGUAGCGCGGCAGGGGGGUAGAUGGGAAGCCGCGGUCUAUGAGUGUGGGAAGCGGGAAGCGUCUGGGUGGAAGCUUCUCAGCGGUUGUGAAGAGACGCAGGGAGGGAAGGUUCUUAUUGAGGUAGUCUGCGAGAUACCACACAUCUUCAGAAGAGAGGGGCGUCUCCCAUAGCUGGCUGAUGUUCUCAGGGACGUGAGACACGAGCAGCGUCACUGUAGGACCAGCAAUCUGGUAGAACGAAAAGAGAAGUGCCAGACCAUGACAGUAUUGCGAUGGCACCGAAUGACCCACCGUCAUCCCUUGAAUCCUGUCGCCUCCCUGCAGGCGUCUCGUGGCCGGUGCAUUCGUCGCCGCCUCCUUUUUGGCGCGCAGGUCGUCCCCCAGGCCCAUGAGCAGGCCCCGGACCAUGAUCUCAUGCAGCUCCUUGCGGCGAGUGCUGUUGUAGAGACCCGCAGAGUGGGCGAAGAGCGACGCAUGCGUCGCUGCAGACUUGGUGUACGAUACACUACCAGAGCCAGAGUAGACUCGUCGCCAGUAGUCAAACAGCUGCAAGCGACACAGUGUCACAUUCUGUUGUCGCCUUCCCCCUUCCGGAUCGCACCUGUAGGCUGAGAUCGAUCUCGUCCUGGCAGACGAAGGCCCCUGACACCACGGCAGCCGCCAUCAUUGUGGAAAUCUGCAGCGCCUCCUGCGCCACGCUGUCAUCGCCCUCGAUUAGGGACGCUGUCUGGACACCUGAGGCGAUGUACCGAUCGGGUGGGCUGCCACCGCGAGGCACGAAAACAUCCUGAGGUACCAACAGAGGUACGAUUGCCUAACCUGCGCCUCUAUGGCUGACCUCGAGUCGUUUGAUUGCCUCCAGAAAUGCUCUUGCGAGCGCUGGGUGCUCCUCAAAGGUGAUGGGAGGCGUCUGACCUCUCAAGCUCUGGAGGGAAAUCCACAAGCGGUUCUUCAGGUCCGUGAAUGACAUGGAUGUCUCGCGCAGCAGAGCAAGAUACGUCAACAGUUCAUUGAUCCCCUCUUCAGUGGCAUUCAGCACCGGGACUGAGAUAUUGACCUGCAGACAACGGAGCACUCAAUAAGUUCCCCCCGGGCGACGUGCCACACCACACGCACCUGUUCGGACAAGACAUAUUCGCUCUUUUCCCCAAAGACAUCUGCCGCCUGCCCCACCACCCACACAUGAGCCGUCUCACCCGCCGGAACGACAGGCACACCAAAAUCGAAAGCAUCGAAUGGGAUCGGAACAAAGCGAUGGUUCGAUCCUGCCCACGCCGAGAGGAGUGCAGGUGUCUGGCCUGGUGGAAGCUGUCCUGCGAGCAGGCUUGAUGUGGCGUAGAAAGAGUAGGAGAGAGGCAGAUCAGGGUCGUGAAUCUGUGCACAUAGAAGAGUAAUCUGUGUGAAUGUGUCCGAUUUUGCUUCUCUCUCGCACCUGAUCCAUUGUGAUAUCGAAAUCAGUCUGCAGCCCACUCGACCAUGCCACAUGCUCUCGAACAAGUAACCGUCCCUCAGUUGGCCCCGCAUUCACCCGAAUGCCAUCCACCCUUGUUUCAAACUGUCCACUUCCUCCCGCAAGCCCUUUCAGCCGCAAUCCAUAUUCUCCCGUAGGCAAGACGUCGAUGUGCCACACCAGUACCCUCAUGGUGUACUUCCUUUCAUCUACAAGGCCGCUCACUUCGUUCAUCACUGUGAGUGUCGAUUCCCUUGUCUCCACAUCGGAAAGAAGCGGGACGAGCGUUCCGUUGCUGGCCGAAUAGGUCGUGAGAGUAGGAUGAGGCACGUUAGUGAUACUUGCUUGGCAGAGGGAGGACGAGAGAGUCGUGAGACAGACACGGAAGGGAGAGGGCGGUAUGGGUCCUUUGGUGCUGUCCGAAGAGGCUGUAAGGAUGGCUGUCGAGUUGACAGGUGUACCUUGGUAGAGGCGGGUGGCUGCAAUAGAGAGAAAAAAGCAUACAAAGCGAGACAUGUGAUUCAGGUAGGUCAUUAUGCGCUUGCCUGCAUAUGCGGCGCCCGACGCAAUGCCUGACUGGCGAUGGACGAUUGUCAGCUCGAACAAGAGUGUCAGGACGCGCAUCGGGACAUCGUACUGCGGAAACUGCAGUAUGUGAUCCGGAACGACCGCUUCAAGCGAGUUCUGGGCGUUGAGAAGCUCUUCAGCCGACUCAUAGGUGGUGUUGCUGUUCGUCAGGCAUGGGUACAGGUUGAUGUCGUCAAGGGAGUCGACUAUGCGGGCAAGUACGACAGGAUUGCUGAUAUUGACGGAUGACAAGACCGCCAGGACGUAGCAGCGCCAUCUGCGAAACACAGAGACACAUGCGCGUAGAGGCGUCAUCUGCUGGAUUCUGUUUCAAUCACCUAAAGUCAUAUGUCUCGGGCGACAGCUGCACUCGUGUCGCGUCUCCGUCCUGUUCCGCUGUGGUCCCAUUGACAGUGGGCGUAGAAUUACCCUGCUGCGGCAAGAACGACUGACUUCCAUCCAUCAGCAGAGGACACUCCACGGCCGCUUCUGAUGCCACCUUAAGCACUGCUACCGGCACUUUCGGUGCCACUGUGAUGUGAUACAU